AUGGGGCGCCGCUCCAAAAAGCAGCGAGCAGAUCCCGGGAUCAGCUGCCGAGAUAUUGGAAGCUUAUUCAGACAGCCGCAGCACUCCGUGCAACCCAAGAUGGUGCCGACCGCGGCCUACUCCACGGCUUUGUCGGAAGCUGAGAGCACACCAGAGGAUGAUUUCCCUGCCACACA